CUCCUACUCACUCGUUUUUCACUCCCUCUUUUCUCUUACCAUCUCUUAAGUCGCACCACCACUGUCGCCGCUCUCCCUCACACCGUCACUCCAUUAUCAACACUAUCACCGCCAAGAAGACCGCGAUGUCGUGGAAGGAGAAGACAGAGUGAAGGGGAGUAAGAGCAAUAGUGAAAGGGGGAAACAAACGUACAUAGUGGCGUGGUAUAAUGGCGUGCCUACAACCAGCAGCGAGUAGAGAGACAUUCGGUUUAAAUACCAACUAAAAUAAUCUUUCAAUGUUUAUAUUUUUUUGGUAAAGACAUCUUUAUAACCACCAACAACCAUUUUCCCCUUGUACACUGGAAUCUCUUGGAUUUUCCUUCAUCUUGUGGGUCAAUAUACUAUUUACAGAGGCCAUCCACUUUUGGAUAGAACCAUUUUAUUCAUAACAUUUGUUACAUCGGCUCCGCUCCGUCUUGUAAAGUGAACGUGCGUUUUUUUUCUCUCUCCUACCCUCCUCUCUUUCUCAGUCUCUUCCUUUCUCUUUCAUCCUCCCCCUCUCAAUAUCUUACCUUCUUUUUAUCUCUCUCUUUCCUCUUUCUGUCUAUAGUAUCUCUCUUUCUCACUCAUCUGUUCCUUAUUCUCCGACAACGAUCAUAUAUCAUCAAAUAUUUUUGUGUUUUUGUGUGUAUAUAUAUAUAUAUAUAUAUAUAUACAUACAUACAUUCACAGAAAUCAUUCAUACACUCAGACUACAGACAUAACCGCCAACAACAGAUAGGCACUGUGGAUAUUUUAUCUCCCCGGGGGGUGUUUGUUUUGGGGUUUCUUUUUAAUACCCUUGAACCUUUCAGGGUUCGUUAUAGCUUCUUAACAUCCCUUUUUCUCCCUCUGUCCGUGUGUAACCUCUAUUUCUAACUCUUGUUCAACUACUACUAUGUCUGUUUACCCUCGGACAGCUGAAAAGAAACGAAUUAUGCAGGAAUACCGGAUGCGACACGAAGAGAUGACAUCCGUAGCAAUAAACAGACCCCGCCCCCUAUCACCAAAAGCCCAACUUGAACAAGAGAAGCGAAUCCGUCGUGAAAUUGCGAACAGUAAUGAACGGAGACGAAUGCAGAGCAUCAAUGCUGGCUUCCAGUCCCUGAAGACGCUGCUUCCACAUCAUGCUGGCGAAAAGCUCAGUAAGGCAGCAAUCUUGCAGCAGACUUCCGAAUAUAUUUCCAGUCUUGAGAGGGAUAAAACUACCGUGAUGGCUGAGAAUGACCGCCUGAGGCAACAACUGAUGAACAUCAAUAAUACUCUAAACUCCAUCAAUGCUGCCGUGGCCGAAGAGUCACCACCUCCGAAGAGGAAGAAGCGAGAUACAGAAUCAUCUGAUGAAGGUAUUGGACUGUGCGAAGAAAGCACUCAGCUUGAUGAGAUGCGCAAGAAACUGCUUGACAUCCAACUGCACUUUGAUCAAGAGAAACGAAUGAGGCUCAAGUUUGAGGACCGGUCAAGGGCUCUAGAGGCCAAACUGCAGAAGCUCUCCAGCCACGUACUGGACAAAGAAGCUGUGAUGAGUCUAAAUGAAGUCGAUGAAAAGCCGAGCCAACCCUUGUUCAACUCCUCCAUGUCCCGGCGUAAUUUAGAGACCAUAGUAGAGGCCAUCCGACACUUGGAAGGGGACCGAAUUGGAUUGGCAAUAGAAGAACAGCAGCACCCAAACAACAACAACAACAUGUCACAAUUUGAUGAAGUUGAAUGCAUCAAUGCACCACCUGCACACCAACAUGGCAAUGCUGUGUAUAAUAGCAGUGGUGGAAGAGGGGUAGUUAGCAUCACAGAGCAACAACAGAGGCAGAAGAAGGUGUGCAGCGGGACAGGUGAAACAGUGGCCCCUUGCUCUGUUAUAGGGUCAGGUAAAGAAAGCUGUGUGAAGAUGGGUGGAAGUGGUGGCGUGGUGUUGUUGGAGGUGAUGAAGACAAGGAAAACUGUCACUCUAAAGAUGACAGUGGCACAACUCCACUGUCGUCACCAAUCAACAAUGAGGAGGACGGCAGCGAUGACAUUGAAGAAGAUGAUGAUGACGGUGAUGACAUCACUGACGACGACGAAGACGACGAUGUCAUCAACGACAAUGCUGCCGAUGAUGAUGGUGAUGAUUGUAAUGAUGAUUGUGUAGAUGAUGAUGAUAACAAUUCAGAACUCGUGUCCCCAGUGGAUUUUUCCACGACAGGGCAACAUCACAAUAAUAACAAUGGACAUAAAAACACAGUAGUGUUCGCAUCAACUGUCAUCACCACUACCACCACCACCACAACACCCACUAACUUCAGCCUCAUUAAC